GUUUAAGAAGGAGAAAACAAAAAUGUGUUUAAUACUGGUGAUUUUAGUUCCUUUGACUCUUGGAAUCGGUGCAGAGAGCAAAAGUCAACAAUGUAUGGAUUCUAUGGGUCGAGCGGGCAAUUGUGCACCUUUAAAUGGUUGUCCAUUUCUACUUGAUGAAUUCUAUGAAAAAGCUCGUCAAUAUCCCGAGGGCAUUGAUUUUCAAUCCUUCAUUUCUCAGAGUCUUUGUGGUUUUGAUGGUUUUCGUUUUCUAAUUUGCUGUACAAUAAGAUCAAAUGUAAAUAAUCAACAACAACAACAACCACAACAACAACAACAAACUGCACAAUCUUCUUCAUUAUUUCACUUUGUUUCUUUGGGCAAUCAAAUGGAACCACCUCAAACAAUUGCACCCAUGCCAAAUCCUAUCCCAACUUCUCCAACAAAUGCUCCGUGGAUAGUUGCACCAAUUCCUUCUCAACAAUUGACAACAAAAUCACCUCAAGACACAAUUGUGGUUGUGAUUAAUCCUGCUCCUCUUAAUCCUUCACCACCUUCACAAAUUUCCCUACCUCCCAUAGUCAAAUCAAAUGACCCUCAAAAUGGACAAUGUGGAGUCUCAAAUGUUUUCACCAAUAGAGUAGUUGGAGGCGUACAAGCUAGAAAGGGAGCUUAUCCAUGGAUGGCAGCACUGGGAUACAUUGAACCUGCUCAAGGAAAUGUCUUGAAAUUUUUAUGUUCCGGAAGUUUGAUAUCAAGAACCCACGUUAUAACCGCUGCACACUGUAUCAAUCCAUCUCUAUCCAUCGUCCGUCUUGGUGCACAUGACAUAACCAAAACUGAAGCCAGUGCUGUCGACGCAAAAAUCAAACGAAUAAUAGUUCAUGAAAAGUUCGACCUCAAAACGAUCUCAAAUGAUAUUGCAUUGAUCCAAUUAAACGAUCCAGUGUCAUUUACAGAAUUUAUAAGCCCCAUUUGUUUGCCGGAGGAUAUGAAAUUCAUUCAACAAAACUUUGUCGGAAAUAAUCCAUUUAUAGCCGGAUGGGGUACAAUUCAGUUCCAAGGUGCCACAUCGAAUGUCUUGCGAGAUGCACAAGUUCCGAUAAUUGAUACCAAGUCUUGUAUGGCUAACUACUCGACGGUAUAUAGGCCGGUUGAAGUGACAGAAACACUUAUUUGUGCUGGUAGUUAUAUAACCGAUGCCUGUCAGGGAGAUUCCGGAGGACCAAUGAUGAUGCCUCAACUGGAGGACAGAAUCUUUCGCUAUUACAUUAUUGGCCUUGUUUCUUAUGGAUAUGAAUGUGCUCGGGCUGGUUUUCCGGGAGUUUAUACGCGUGUUGCUGCUUAUAUGCAGUGGAUUAAAAAUAAUAUGAUGACAUUGAUUGAAAAAAAAAAAAUUCUAGGUGAUAAAAAAAAAAUUCGAAAACUAGAAAUAAGUGCGCGAAAUAAAAUGAAUCUUUUUAUAAGUUUAAUUGGAUUAGCAUGUGUUGUUGCACCAGGAUUAGCACAACGAACUAUUAGGCAAGGUCAACAAUGUUACACACCCGAAAAUGAUAUUGGCCAAUGUUUUACAUUAAGCUAUUGCCCGGCUAUUGCAAAUGUCCUAAACGAAUAUCCACGAAAUAUCGCUACUCAAUACUUAAGAACUGCACAAAGAAAUUGUGGAAAUGUAAAUUUCCGUGGAGAUCCUGUGGUUUGUUGUAAUGUUAAUCAACAACAACAAUUUGAAACUCCACCUACCACAAGUAAUCCAAGAAAUCCAUUUUUCCCAACUGCACAACCAACAACAUUGCCACCAAUUAUUAUAAAUCCAACUCCUGCUCCACCACCACCACCUCGACAAACAACAACAACUACUACAAAUGCCCCAGUAGCAAGCACAACGGAAGGCAUCUCGAAUCGGGAAGAAAAAUCUGGACGAGAAUGUAGAGGACCCGAUUUGAAGUAUGGAACUUGUAUACCCCUUUCCCAAUGUCCAACACUAAUCGAACGAUUAAGAGCAAAUCCAAAAGAUGCCACAUUUGCUAAUUAUUUGCGUGCUUCGAAUGACGUAUGUAAAGGCGAGUAUGCAGUUGUUUGCUGUCCAAGUACAAAUCAGAAGCAAAUUAUGGAAGUUGUAUUUCCAAAGAACACCGGCGCCAUUCCCACGAAACUUUAUACAAAAGCCGAUGGAUGUGGAUAUACUAGUAAUAAAUUUAAAAAAAUCGUUGGAGGUGUAGCAAGUAAAGUUGGAGCUUGGCCAUGGAUUGCUUUGCUUGGUUAUGAAGAUGGCGUUUCACCAAAGUCUUUUAAGUGUGGUGGGGCUUUGAUAACAAGUCGACAUGUUUUGACCGCUGCACAUUGUAUUCGAAAAGAUUUGACAUCCGUGAGACUUGGAGAGCAUGAUUUGAACUCAGAAACAGAGGCUAAUCAUGUUGACAUACCUGUUGUCAAGCGUUUGAGACAUCCUAAUUAUGUACCGGCAUAUGGCCACAAUGACAUAGCUAUGCUUUAUUUGGGACAAACUGUACAAUUUUCAGAAAAUAUAAGUCCAAUUUGUAUUCCAACUGAUCCACAACUCCGUGCCAAAGACCUGACCACCCUAAAUCCAUUCGUUGCUGGAUGGGGUAAAACUCAAGAAGGUGGAGUUUCCGCGAAUAUCCUCCAAGAAUUACAAAUACCAAUUUUUGGCAAUGACGAAUGCAAGGAAUUAUACAGAAAACAAAAUAAAUUAAUUGCCGAUGAUCAAUUUGAUAAUGCAGUUUUGUGUGCUGGUAAUUUGGCCGGUGGCAAGGAUACAUGUCAGGGUGAUUCGGGUGGACCACUUAUGUUGCCAGAGAGUUAUGGUGAUUCAUUUCGUUUCAAUUUAAUUGGAAUUGUUUCAUAUGGUAUUGGUUGUGCGAGACCUUUGAUACCUGGUGUAUAUGCUAGAGUAACGAAUUUCAUUGAAUGGAUAGAGAAUAGUGUUGCAGAUACCAGUAGUUUUUAAAUAAAAUAAGUGAUGUGUUUUUUUUUUUACUUAAGCGAACAAAAAAUUAAAGAGAUUGUUUAUUUUUUACUAUUUUAAAAUUUUUGCAAUAUUAUUUGUUUUUAGUAAACCUUAGGAACACAUUUGUAAGAAAAUAAUUAGAUUACUGAUUUAUCUAGUGUGUGAUAUAGUAAACUUUAUGGAGCCUAAAAUCUACAAUUAAAUUGACAUAUCUACAUUUUUUAAAUGUCAGUUUUUAUAGC